AUGUAUUUUCCUGUAGUUAUUAUUUUUCUGACUGCAUGCAUUUCUGGCACAUGUUCAUAUGGAUACAGGAGUGGAGUGGCUUCUGGUAUUCACCAACUUGGCCGACGUAGAUAUGAAGGAUUUGGACUUAGACCUGGUGUAGGUUCUUUGUUUCUUCUACGAGGCAAACCCAGUGCUGGUUAUGGAUCAGUGUCUGUAAGUAAUGGUGGAUAUAAUAAAGGACCAGUUGCUGUUAGUGGUGGACAAGGCUCUGGAUAUGGUAACGGAGUUGGUUCAACACUCCCUCUAGGUAAUGGAAGUGCCAACGGGACAGUUUCUGGAUCUGGACAUGAAGCAAACAACAGAUUCAGUGGGUACGGUAUUAAUCCACUUGUUAGCGGUGUCUUCGCUGGUGGAAACGGUGGUGUAAUUGCUGAUGAAAACGGUGGUAGAUUCGGUGGUGAAAUCGCUGGUGGAAGCGGUGGUGGAUUUAAUACUGGAAAUGGUGGUAGACAGUCUUUCACAAUCGCUCGUGCUCGUGCAAACAUUGGAAUUAAUACUGGAAACGGUGGUAGACUCCCUACUGGAUUCGCUGGUGGAAGCGGUGGUGGAUUUAAUACUGGAAAUGGUGGUAGACAGUCUUCCACAAUCGCUCGUGCUCGUGCAAACAUUGGAAUUAAUACUGGAAACGGUGGUAGACUCCCUACUGGAUUCGGUGGUGGAAACGAUGGUGGAUUUAAUACUGGAAACGGUGCUGUAUUUUCUAGUGGAUUCGGUGCUGGAUUCAGUACUGGAAACGUGGGUGGAUUCCCUGGUGGAAACCUCAAUGGAUUUACUUCUGAUAACAAUAAUGGAUUCCCUAAUUUUGCUGGGUACCCUACAGAACCACUUGUUAGCGGUGGAUACAACGGAUACGGUGGAUUUGGUGGAUUUGUAGGUGGAUACAACGGAUACGGUGGAUAUGGUGGAUUUGGUGGUGUAUACAACGGAUACGGUGGAUAUGAUGGAUUUGUAGGUGGAUACAACGGAUACGGUGGAUAUGAUGGAUUUGGUGGUGGAUAUGGUGGAUUUGGUGGUGUAUACAACGGAUACGAUAGAUAUAGUAGAUACUUAGCUAGAUAUGGGCCAGUCUUUGGAGCUAGAUAUCGACCGAACAAAGGAUUGCGCAGGGACAUAGGAUCAGUUGUUAUUAAAGUGAAAGGAUUAUAA